AUGGCUGUGGAGCCGGCUGUGAUGCUCAUGGCCGUGCGUGGCAUUGCCAAUAGUGAACAGCGCAUGAGUUUGCUGACUAGCGUGAUCAGCCAGUUGCCCCCACCUCCUGCCCUCGUUGCUGAGGACGUCCAGGUGCUUGCCAAACAGCAAGUGCUGCAGGCGCUUGCCCAUUCAGAGCACGCCGAUAAUGCCAAACUUGCGCUUUUGCAGGCCUGUCGCCCCUUCGAGUGGCUCGCCAGACCCGUGAGCGCGCAUUUGGCCCAGGAACUAGCCGCUUAUCACCAUCUUGCCUGCACCUUGCGCCUCAAUCUCGAGGAUCCAGAAGAAUGCCACCUCGGGGAGCGGCUGCCGCUUGGCACUGUCUGCCUGGGCCUUGAAGUCUUGCAAGAGGACAUGGCUGGUGCAGAGCAGGCCCUCCUUUGGAACCAGCUGCUCCAACUUCUCAAGGCGGUCGGCCACAAAAAGCAGCUCGCGCUUUUGGGCGUUCUGGUGGGUCCAGUGCGCGCGGCCAUGGAGAGCAUCGCGCGGGGACCAGCCGGUACUCAGCAAGCAUGGGACUUUGUGCUUGCGCUUGGCUCGGAGGAGGUCGGCCGAGAUGCUGCUCUUUGUCUGUUGUGUGCGCUUUUGCCCAUUUGGAUUGCAUCGGGCUAUCUGGCAGCUGCAGCCCGCUCCCCCAUCUUCUGGCGUAUCGUCCUCCACGGCUUUGCCAAUCUGCGCAACGCCCUACCCCGCAAACGCGCCAGUCUUAUUCUUCAACUCAUGCAGGCCGCCCUCCCCAAUCUCACUGAAACCUUUUGCGUGGAGGACUUGUUUGAAUGGAACCCCAACCACGCUGAAGCCAUCCAGCGCACCAUCUCCGACCUGAUUCUCAUCUCCGAGUGCUUGGACGACACGCAGAUUCACAUCAUCGCCCCACUCAUGCCCCGGCUUCUGCGCAUGUUUCCUGCCCACGCGGUGCUUUCUGCUGCAAAAGCAAGCUCUGGGAACGACGAGAACGUGCAACAUCGUGAACCACACGGCUGGACUACCAUCUUUCCUUGGGUCAACGCCCUACUUGCGCGCAUGCUUCAGCACGAGAAGGCCAAUGUCCAGACCUUGGGUGUUCGUACCGCGUGCCAGUUGCGCUGUGUUUCUGUGGACGACGUUCGCGCCCUGCUUGCCACCUCCCUCUGCACAGGAAGCCUCGUGCAUGCCAUUGAUUCUCCCAAUGCUUUUCUCAUUCGGCCUGACCACCCUUCGGGCACACUUUGCGAAGCGGCCCACCAGGUCAUGGCUUUUUACGAGGCCUUGCUCUAUACCGCCAGCACCGAUCAGGCACUGACUACGCAGCUUCUCGAUGAAUUCCUGCUGGCCCUGUGUACUAGCGUGUCCUUUGAGGGUAAAACACUGUUGCUCGUGCGCGCGCUGCUUCGCGUGUCACCCUUGCAUCUGGGGCCCCAUCACGUGCAGCUACUCCAGCGAAUCGCGGCCCAGUGCGCCAUUUCUCCCGACCUCACGCUCGCUUCCGCCCUCUAUAAUGAGCUGAUUCGUGCGGCUGUGCAUCACAUUACUCCGACAUCAGUCACCCAGCGAGGCGUGGACGUGGCACAAGUGGCUGCGCUCUUUGCCCUUUGCCCGACGGGCGAUGGCCUCUUGGUGGGCCCGGAGCACGAACAGUGGCAGCUGAUUCAGGAGCAUCUUUCCGGGCUCUUGGGCGCGCACCUGGAUGGGCCCACCGCUACAAUUCAGCGUCUAUACGAGGAUUUGUGCCAGGCAGAAAUUGUUUCCGAUGCGGAGGCGGAGGCCACAUUGGCGACGCUAUUGGUGGCCGUUGUCCCUUGGACGGCUGCACCCGACCAUGCGUUGCUGGCCACCAUCACCGAGGACAUGCUCGGUCUCUGCACGCGAGCGUACAUGGGCGAGCAACAGAAGCUUCAUCUUGUGGCCCUGCUGGCCAAGCUUGCUGAACGAUGCACCGCUCGCCGCAACUUCAUAUCUUUGGUUCAUGGCGUGCCACCUGCUCCCACCGCCUGGCCCACUUGGCUUGCACAGCUUGUUGUCAGCGCACAGGAACCCGUGACACAGUUUAUAGUCACUGAAUGUCGUGGCUCACCAAAGACUCUUUGGGCGCAAACCAGCCGAUUGCGCUUCUUACUGCAGAAUGCCAGCGUGGUGUUGUCAACCGAGAUGCGAGAGCUGGCGCACCGACAUCUUGGCACGAGCCCGGGAAGUGUUGCCGCCAUUGCUGCUGUGGCUGGUGCAGAGCUUGUCAAGGCUCUACUCGAGGAUUCGAGCCCCGAGGGCCGUGCCCUUGGCUUGGCACUCCAGGGUGCCUUGCCCUUAGGCAGCGAGCCUCGCUUGAGCCUGCUCCGCGCCAUGGAAGUUCAAGUUCCUCGCUUUGCCACCUCCGAGUCAAGUUCGAUGGAGGCCGUGGGUAAUUUUGUGGAAACUUUUCGCUGGAAGGUGAUUGCCAGUUGCAUUCAGGCCUUGCGCCGUGGUGCCGUGGCGCUUAAUGCCAGCGAGACGCGGGCCGUCCUCGAAUUCACCUGUAUUGCGUUGGAUGGCCUAUCGCAAAAGGAAGCCUACACUGCUUUGGCCUGUUUGCCAGAUCUAGCUGAGGUCGUAGAUUUGACCGCGCUGUCGGGCAACGAGUUUGCCGCUUUGGCUGAUCGUUUGCUCACUUACGCUCGAACCGGCCGCUCUCGCGAUCGCACCGCCCAGUCAACCCACUUGGUGUUAUCAGUCAAGGCCUUGCGCGCUUACGUCGACAAUACUGCCUACUGCCAAGCCAUUGAACACAACCUUCGCGAGCUGAUUGCCUCCGUAUCAACAGUGGGCUUUUCUGCCCGCCGUGGCCUCUUGGUGCCCCUUGCAGCCGUACUGGCGCGUCAUCUGCCCGACCUGGCGGAGGCCCCCACGGGAUUGACCACGAGCAUUGGCCUGCUGGCGUCCUUUGGAAACUACACCAAUGCCUGGCUUCGGGCAUCGGAUGCAUUUGAUGCCCACGUGCUGGCCACGCAUCGCGUUUCGAUUCCCCACCCCCCUGGUCUGGCCAACAUUCUGGACGACCGCUUUGUGCGUACUUAUAUCCUGCGUUACCUUCUUGGGUUUGAUUUAAACAAUUCUGCGCACUGGACCAUGGCUACCCGUACCAUCGAGGCUACCUUGGCUUUGUACAAGGCCUCGGACGCAGACGAAACCUCAAACCAUGUGGGCACGAUUGCACACCGGGCCAAAAUGCGUUGCAGUCAAGUGUUGCUUCUUCUGCUCGUGUUCCUGCUGCGCGCGGGUCAAGCCGACCGGCCAAUUGUCGACACCCUAGUGAAGUGGGGCCAAGAGCAAAUGGCAUCGGAAAAGCGCGUCUCGCUCCGCUUCAUGGCCAUUUGGAUGCUGGUGCUCAAGGCCAGGGACGAAUCGCGCUUGGCUCUGGCAGCCUCGUCAACAACGUCGAAUGCAGGGUUGACCAUGGAGCGCGUGCCCGUCCUUGGGUGGAUGUUGCAGCAAGCCGAGCGCGUAGAUACCCGCCCAUCCUUUGUCUGUGGUAUCAUGGAGUUUUUGGCCCUGUAUACCCGCCAAGUGGAUGUUCUGGCUCCCAUGGCAAGCGUGGCAUUGAUUCAGCAAGUGGAGGCCUACGUCCUGCCUCACGUGGUCAAUUCGAACAUGACUGUCCGAUUGUAUGCUGCAAGCACCUUUAGCUUGCUGCAGCGCCGCGUGGCGGCAGCUGGCUUGAGCGAGCCUGCCUCGCUGCCGGGUCGAAUUCUGCACUACAUUCAAAACAACGCCGAUGCCGUGCGUCACUCUGGUUUUCUGCAGUCUACCUUUCUCUUUGGCCGCUUUGAUGCGCAUCGCGAGCUGAACCUCAAGUUUUUGUUUGAGGCCUGCAUUCCACUCUUUGAGCUGCCAGCCUCUGAGGUGGUGCUGUUCCCUGCUUUUACUCAGCCCCCACAGUGGCUCGCCGAACAGUGGGAGCUUACUAUGGCAGACCUCAAUUUGCCUACUUCGGGUGAUGUUGCGACCGAUUCGGAGGGUGAGGCCCUGCAUGAGGUGGCAGCGCAGCUGGAAACAGAUGUACAGAAAAAAAUUGUGACAGCAGAUACAGUGGCCGAGGCAGCCAAACUAGCCUUUGGUGAAACGACGGGCCAGCUAAUGCGAAUCCACGACCGAAAACGCUUCCCCUUGAUCGUGGCGGCGAGCUUCGUCAACAUUCCGUACAACUUAGGUGGACUGACGCGAACAUGCGAGAUUUUCAAUGCCGAUCGCCUCGUUAUGCCAGAUAAUCGGGUGCUGCAGUCCAAGGAAUACAAAGGCGUGAGUGUGAGCAGUGAGCGAUGGAUGCACUUUGACAUCGUCAAGCCCGAGGACGAGUUGGUCGAGUAUCUUGUCCGCAAGCGUCGCGAGGGCUACACCAUUGUGGGUCUUGAACAGACGGCCGAAUCAGUGCCUCUUCAAGAGUACACCUUCCCAGAGCGGACAGUGUUGGUGCUCGGCGAGGAGCGGCGGGGUAUUUCACCCAAAGUUUUAGCGGUCAUUGAUCGUUGUGUAGAAAUACCUCAGUUUGGGGUCACCCGAUCUCUCAACGUUCAUGUGAGCGCGGCAAUUGCGAUUUAUGCCUACGUCCGCUGCCGGCUGCAGCCUGCGGCUCUCUAG